ACUUCCGGUUGCCGUCGGAUUUGUCCCGCUAAUGUUGCUGUCUUCACACUGCUGUCACAGUGCCCUGCAGUCCUCCUGUAGGGUUACACUCUCAGCCGCUCCUGUCAGAAGAAGCAAAAUGUGUGGUAUAUGGGCGUUAUUUGGGAGUGAUGAGUGUCUGGCGAGUCAGUGCACCAACGCUAUGAAGAUUGCACAUCGAGGUCCUGAUGCUUUUCGCUUUGAGAAUGUCAAUGGUUUCACCAACUGCUGCUUCGGUUUCCACCGGUUGGCCAUUGUGGACCAGCUGUAUGGCAUGCAGCCCCUUAGAGUGAAGAAGUUCCCCUACCUCUGGCUUUGCUACAAUGGUGAAAUUUACAACCACGAACUGCUUAAAGAGCAGUUUGAGUUUGACUAUCAGACCAGUAUGGACGGGGAGAUCCUGCUUCACCUGUACGAUCGUUUCGGCAUUGAAAAGAUGAGCUCGCUGUUGGACGGCGAGUUUGCCUUCAUCCUGCUGGACACGGCCAAUAGGAAAAUUUUCUUGGGAAGGGACACGUACGGUGUGAGGCCCAUGUUCAAGCUGCUGACUGAUGAUGGCUUCCUCGCUGUCUGCUCAGAGGCCAAAGGCCUAACACAGAUCACACACUCCAUGUCUGAACCAGUAAAGAUCAUGCACUUCCCGCCAGGCCACUUUGAGGAGUUUAAUCUGAAGCUGAAUGGAAAGGUGGAGUCUGUUCAGCUGGAACGUUUUCAUUGCUGCACAGAAGAGCCCAAACAUGCUGAAUAUGAUGAUGCUGAGCAGCUUGGCAAAGGUUUUGCUCUAGAGACAGUGAAGAGCAACAUCAGAAUCCUGUUUGAAAACGCUGUGAGAAAGCGGCUGAUGGCCCACAGAAGAAUUGGCUGCCUCCUCUCAGGUGGAGUUGAUUCUAGCCUGGUGGCUGCCACACUUGUCAAGCUGUCCAAGGAGCAGGAGUUGCAGUACCCCAUUCAGACAUUUGCUAUCGGAGCGGAAGACAGUCCAGAUAUCGCUGCUGCGCGCAAGGUAGCAGCACACAUAGGCAGCGAACACCAUGAGGUGAACUUUACCCCAGAGGAGGCCAUCAAGGCUGUAGAGGAAGUCAUCGUCCAUCUGGAGAGCUACGACAUCACCACAGUACGCGCUUCUGUUGGAAUGUAUCUGGUUUCUAAGUAUAUCCGUGAGAAGACGGACAGUGUGGUGAUCUUUUCCGGUGAAGGAUCUGAUGAACUCACACAGGGCUACAUCUACUUUCAUAAGGCUCCAUCACCGAAGGCCGGUGCAGAGGACAGUGUGCGUCUGCUGAAGGAGCUGUAUAUGUUUGAUGUUCUGAGAGCAGAUAGGACUACAGCUGCACACGGACUGGAGCUGAGAGUGCCUUUCCUGGACCACAGGUUCACUGCUUACUAUCUUUCCCUGCCUGAGGAGAUGAGGGCGCCUAAGGAUGGUGUGGAGAAGCAUCUUCUGAGGGAAGCAUUCAGUGGGCUGGAUCUGAUUCCAGAUGAGAUACUGUGGAGACGUAAAGAGGCUUUCAGUGAUGGAAUGACCUCUACAAAGAAGUCCUGGUAUUCCUUCCUCCAGGAGAACAUUGAAUCUAAGAUAAAUGACUCACAGUUACAGAAGGCCAAAAAGCUGUUCCCUUAUAACCCCCCUACUACCAAAGAAGGCCUCUUCAUGCGCCAGCUGUUUGAGAAGCAUUACCCCGGGUGCUGUGAAUGGACCACCCACUACUGGAUGCCCCGCUGGAUUAAAGCUACUGACCCCUCCGCCAGAACCCUGUCCAUCUACAAACCAGAAAAGGACCAGUAACCAGGCAGAUUUAGUCAACAGACUGAACGCAGCACAAUUUUACAAUAUUGUUUUUUUCUUUUUUUCAAGAUUUUUGUCAUGUCAAUAAAAAACAGCUGCGUUCCAAAGUGUAGGCUGCAGGUCAGGUCGGUUGUUGGUACGACGUUCCUAUAAAGAUUCCUUAUUAGCAUAACGAGGCUAAUGAGGAUGCGGAGUAACAUCACGAGAAAGGUUCCCAUCUUAAACUUUAAACUUUUUAAACAACAUGCUUAUGUAGUAUGAAAAACUAAAUUAUAUUUUACGCUUGAUUACAUUUAAUUAUAUGUAUGAAAUCUUUAAUUAAUCAAUAAUGUUACAUUUUGUAAGUUUACAAAAUUCAAUGGUAUGUGGAAAAAAAAUCUGUUUAAAAUGAAAUCAGUUUCCAGCAUUAUAAAUACACUAAUACCUAUGGAGGUUUUGCAUGUGGGACAUCUGAGAUUUUUCUUUUCUCUCAUUGUUUUUCUGAGGCCAUUUUUAAUUUACCAAAACCAAAGUAGACUGAGUGUGGUGUUAUAUUCCUACUUAAGCACAUUUCUGACAUGGCUUGAGCUGCCUAAUACUGCCAUAUUUUUACUAAGUUUUACUAAGAAUAUACUGGUCAUUAUAUACUUGAACAACAUUUUAUAUGUAGCCUUUUAAAAUGUACUGCCCCUAAAGCUCAUUAUUCACUUACCACAUGAACAAGAAUGGAAAAGGAUUCAGCAACCAUAAAUCUAUAUUUUGUAAUAGAUGUGGAUGUCAGGAGGUUAAAUAGAGAUUUUCUUAGAUAUUAUACCACAUAAACAGACAUUGGUUAUGAACAUAAUGGAUCCCUGUUUAGGUUUUAGGGUGUCAGAAAUGUAAAAUGGAAUUUAAACAGGAUUUUAAGGGCAAAACAGUUUCAAAGAAUGCACUUGCAGUUUAUAGUAAACAUCAUAUCUCGCUACAUGAGCUGAAUGUGGACCAAAAAUCAUUCAGUGUCUGUGUUCCAUCUGAGUUUAGAUGUAAACAUUUCCACAUUCCAAGUACCGGAUUAUAAGGCGCGCUAUCAAUGAACGUCUAUUUUUAUACACAAGCCGCACUGAAUUAUAAGGUGCAUUAAGCGACACUAGUAAGGAACAGGGGUGUUUCCCAUUUAAUUCAGCCGGUCUCGCUGUUGGGUGGAGUAAAGCUAAGAUAAAAAAAACUGUAAUUCUUAAAAAAAUAAUAUUAAUAUUUUAAAGUCAAAGUGCUGGAUGUUAAUCUACACAGAUUUCUCUCCUGUAAACUGUUUAUUUGGGUGAGUAAUGCACUUCUGUUUAUUUACAGUAAGCUCAGUUUUUUAGAUUUCCACUAAGGCUGAGUGCAGCACCUGAUUAUGAGGUGCACUGACAAUUUUGGAAAAAAUAAAGGAUUUUAAGUGCACCUUAUAGUGCAAAACAUACAGUAGAAAAUUUUAGUUUGAAUACCUCCAAAAGAUUUCUGAUUCCGGAGGGUAUGACUGACACUGAGUUCCCAAUCCAAGACUGUACAGCAUAAUAACAGUAAUAAAACCACUAUUAUUACGAUGUUUUUAGCACUAUCACUAUCUAUCUGCAAGUAUGUCACUGAAUCAUUGUACGCACAAUGCUGUCCAGUGUGUUUGGAUGUGCAAAAUAUUGUAUGAUGUAUUGUUAUUAUCUGGUAUCGCUUACAAGGCUAACCAUGACAAAGUUUGGCAAACACGAGUUGUGACAAAAACAGCCGUGAUAAACUUCUUACUAUUUGGCAAACUCUUCUAAAAAUGUUUUAAAUAAUGUAGAUUUAUUUAAAUGUGUAACUGGAGCACAGACAACUUGGAUGAAGUCAUUCCCAGCAGCAACGUCUAACGUCCAAUAUAAAUUAAAUGCUUCAUAAGCAACAAACUAGAGCUGACUGUGUUUCCUUAUAUAAGCAACUGAUGGUUAAAAACCAGUGGACACAGUACAUUUCAGAUAUUCAACUCAGUCUAGUUCUGGUAAAUGAUGAUAAUGUCUGGAUCUUUUGUGCAAAUUAAUUUGUUUAUAGUGCUCCUUUCCCACGUGUGCUAUGGGGGACAGGGCUUUAAAGCGCAACUCUAAUAAGGUAGAAGGGAUCCAUUUAGGUGUCAGUCAUUGUCUAAGUGGAACUCCUUUGUCAGUUGUUUUUAGCUUCACCACAUUUUAACUUAUAAAUGACCUUGGUAACAUGCUGGUUAAAUUGAGUGUGUUUGCUCAGGAAACACAGAAUAUGCAGAUUGUGUUUUUUAGGAACCUCUUUAGCAAAGAAAUAUUUUAAUAUAUGUUUACGUCUGCCACUUCUGUAGCAUACAGUCCUUUACCACAGACAAUUAUUCAUUUUACAGAAUAAAAGAACGCCUUAUGUGAGAAUAAAGCUAGCCUAAAGAAGGCUUAACUCAUUCGAAUCUCCAUUUAAAAUGCUGUGAAGUUCAUAACUAGGCUUAGCUCCUGUAGUAUCUUGAGCUGUGAUGUCAUGUAGAUGCAUGAAAUAAGUCUUCGCUGAUACUGUUCUUUGUAUAUAAGAAAAUUUAUUACAGAAAAAAGAAUAAUUAGUACAAAAGAUAACAGCAUCAUUAACAAGCAAACCGUUUUGCAGGGAGAGAGUUCUUUUCCCAAAUCUGAUCUGUAGCUCUCUGGCUAGAAUUCCUGGAGUCCGGCCUUUAUGUUUGAAAAACACCUCACAACUGGAACCACUUAACGUAUGCUCCUAGAGCGCACAUACAUAAGUUAGUCUGACUCCAUGUAUGGCAGUACUCCCCCAUACUAUCCUAUGCUUGAAAAAAACAAAUGUGUUUAAGUUAGGGCUUACUCCAUCUGUUCCCUGUGGUCCAGUGACCAUUCUGUGUGGAAAAUAUAUAUGAUAAUAGUGAAUAACCCAUGUGAAUAACCCAACUGUGUAUGCUUAAAUAUACGUCACUCCUGUCUGGGAAACUGCCUCAGUGUCGAAAUCUGUGUUCUAAAUGUUCUGAAGCUUAAGCAUCUAAUAUUGCAAUUGGUGUUUUGAAUCAGUGGGAUUUCAUCCUGUUUUAUGGGAAACAUAUAAAUACUUGUUUAAACGGACUAAUAAUACACUACAAUGAAAAAUAAACUUAGAUUAAUUUAA